UGUUUGACUCGGUGCGAACGUGUGGGACAUUAAUUGCAUUAAUUAGUUGCGAUUAAUAAAGUUAAUUGUUGGCAAUUUGUGAUUAUGGAGAAGGUGCAAUCAUUAAGAACCAUAUCCACCACGACCAAGCUUCGUAUUGCUGGGUACGUGGUGACUAUAGUGGUACACACCGUCAAUGGCCUGAUUAUGGAGAGCGGUUUCUAUGGUGGAGCCAUGAGUGACCCUGGAGUCCGGAGGUACUACGAGUUCCGGACUAGAUUCAUCACCUGCUGGACAUUUGUAGCACAAAUCAUAUACGCCGCUCUAGAGCUGUACUGUGAAGUAAAAAAUAUCCAAGGAAAGAAAGAUUCAAACAUCAUAAAAAAAAUAAAACAAUAUAACGAUAUCACAUUUCCAGGAAUUGUUGUACCAUACUCGUUUAUGGUACCAACGAUGUUCUGGACACUCUUCAUAUAUGACAAGAACUUGAUCCUACCAGCUUUUAUGAAGAAGGUGGUGAGCUCUUUCUCCAACCACCUGGUGCACACCGCGGUCGUCCCUGUUGUCGUCUGGGAAAUGGCCUUCAACCCUCGAUACACGCGUAGAUCCCAUGCGAAGAAUCUCAUGACCUUGGCCUUUUCACCAAUAGCCCUGAUACUAGGGUCGCAGCACAUCGCGGCAGUGGACCGUAACCCGCGUCUAUUGUCAUUCAAUCGAGCGUUUGUGCUCUUUGUCCAGCCGCGGGCGGAGCCCUUCGACCCAUUCGACAUGGGGAAUGACGUCAGUUAA